AGCCGAAUUCGGCUCAGGAGCAGCACGUUGGGACCUGCCACAGCUGUCGAGACGCAGAGGGGCGGAAUAGCAUGGCCGUGCCCAGCAAGAGGAGGGGCUUCCAGGGCGUGGCCAUCGCGCUGGCCGCGCUGGGCGCGCUCGCGGCAUCCGUACAGACGCUGCUGCCCGCCUUCAUCGAGGAAGAACACUGCAGGCCGGUCGCCCGUUCUGGGCCUCGCCGCGGCGCCGCAGAGGUCGCGCCAGGCCCGCGUCGCGCGCGCGAGCGCGGCGGACGACGCCCCCGAGCUGGUGAGCGAGCACGGCGCGGACUACUCCGCGCUGAAGGGUGCGCUGGAGAAGGGCGACUUCAGGGAGGCGGAUGCCGAGACCCGCCGGCUGCUGAUCGAGCUCGCGGGACCGGCCGCCAAGACGCGGGGCUGGGUGUAUUUCACCGAGGUGCGCAGUAUCGCGGACGCCGACAUGAAUACCAUUGACAACUUGUGGCAGCACUUCAGCGGGGGCAAGUUUGGCUUCGUGCCCCAGCGCAAGGUGUGGCAGCGGUGCCGCGGACAGUUCGACAAGUUCGCACUGGAGGUGUCCUGGUUCACGGACAACUGGCAGAACCGGAACUGGCCCGACGAGUUCGUCUACAGCCUGGACGCCCCCAAGGGGCACCUGCCGCUGACGAACUGCAUCCGCGGCGCUCAGGUGCUGCAGGAGGUGCUGUCCCACAAGGCUUACGACAACAAGAAGGUCGUGACCUCGAGCGCGAGCACCGUCCAGCGAGCGCCUGCGGCGAGCACGGAGAAGAGGUCGGCGCUCGCGAUGCUGUGAGGUGGGCGACCCGCCCCCCGGAAGGCCGCGCGGCGUGGCGCGAGGCUGCGGCCUGUGCCUUGGCAGCGGGCGCCGCCGCCCGUGCAGGGCGGCGCCCCCUUGCGGGAGGGCGCACCGGCAGCGAUGCGAGGCUGGCUUGUUUCUCCACGCCUGGCCCCCAGCGUGGGAGCAGGGAGGCGCCACGCCCUGCGGCCGCGCCGCGGGGGAGCGGGGUGAGCGGUCCGUGCUGUGGCCGCUCCCAGGAGCCCCAAGCCUUGCCCGCAGGUGGCUGCCUCGUCCUCCUCCCCCACCCAUCAGAGGAGGACGAUCGAAGAAGACAGAACAAGGUACCGAUACCGUCACCCUUCCUUCGUUCGCUCUUCUGGUCUUUGAGGGGGGCCUUGUCGCCACGGCCGAUAUACUGUGGAGUGCUAGUCAGGAGGCGACCCGGGAGAGGUCUGGCGAGCAGUUGUAUCGGUGUCUGUUGUUUCCCCAACCCCCCAGCCCAUUCCUGCCCUCCUGUCCACUCCUGUUUACCCGCGGAGCUUCUUCGAUGGAAGACGCCCCGCGCUGUGGGAACUGCUGUGGAGCAUGCUCCAAUUUUGCUGGUUGAUUUUUAAACCCUUGGGCAGCGCAGGACUGCUGCCCAUGACUGCUACAACAUUCCAACGUCCGCCCUCGUUGGGCAGGAUCGGGCGAGCGCCCACCGCCGCCUGCCUCUUGGCAACGCCACGAGGGCAAGCGCACACGUUUCACGAGCCGAGGGCUGUCCCACAGCACGACAUUGAGUUAGGCUGGACCAAAACAU